UUAGCCUCUGCUUCCCUGAUUGCUGCAGCUUGUCCUGCGUUGAGGAAGGACGCCAGAUGAAGUGAUGAGAAGACAACAUUUGAACGGCUGAUUGUCAUAACCGUGGGACUUUGGUAUUCGUUUACCUUGCUUUCUGUAUGUCAGCUGCACACAGCUGAAGGCCUGGGUGCUGUUUCAUCAGGUUCCCAGUUUCUGAUAGCGUGGUGUGUUUUAUUUUUCUCCUGAAGCGGUGGGAGUAACUCUGACAUGCCUUUCCUCCUACGGUGGACCAGCGAAAAAACAGCAUCGCUACCCUGACUGCAAGCUACAGCCUAAGCUCAACCUGUUUCAUAUUUCUGCAACAGUUACAGAACAGAAACCUGAUUUUUUUUCUUCUUUUCAUUUUAAACAUAAUAUCUCUGAACAAGCUACUUCAUUACAGAGUGCCUUUUCCCCCCUCAGUCUGCCUGGGCUAAUGAGAGACGACAAAGAAUGAGACACUAAAGGGGAGGCAGGAGCGGCGGCGUGUUAGCAACAGCCUGCUGCUGUUUGUACCAAUCUGCUGUGUCACAUCAGCUGCUCCCAAGCAGCUACAGAAUGUCCCAAAACCGAAGCAUCGAGCUGGAACACUUUGACGAAAGGGGUAAAAAGCAGCGAUCGGUGCGGAGAGGGAUAUCACCAGGAGGUGGUGGAGGCGUUAUCGGGGGUAAUGGUGGAGCAGGUUCCGGCCACGGCUCUGUGUCAGGAUCUGGCAGUUCUCGAGGAAAUGGACUGGUACCCAGCCCGGCCCAUAGUGCUCACUGCAGCUUUUACCGCACCCGCACCUUGCAGGCCCUCAGCUCUGAGAAAAAAGCGAAGAAGGUGCGCUUUUAUCGCAAUGGGGACCGUUAUUUCAAGGGACUGGUGUAUGCUAUCUCCCCCGACCGCUUCAGGUCGUUUGAUGCUUUGCUGAUGGAGCUGACCCGGUCAUUGUCGGACAAUGUGAACCUUCCUCAAGGAGUGCGUACAGUGUACACUGCAGAUGGUGAACGCAAGAUCGAGAGCCUGGACGAUAUGUCGGAAGGUGAAAGCUACGUGUGUGCAUCAAAUGAACCAUUCCGUAAGUUGGACUACACUAAGAAUGUGAAUCCAAACUGGUCAGUUACGGUGAAGACAGGUUCUUCCCGCUCCCUCUCAUCCCUUUCAUCAGGAAAAAAUGAAGUCAAAGAGAAUAAAGAUUUUAUUAAACCCAAGCUGGUGACUGUUAUUCGCAGUGGAGUAAAACCGCGUCGAGCUGUCAGGAUUCUGUUAAAUAAGAAAACAGCUCACUCAUUUGAACAGGUGUUAAAUGACAUAACAGAAGCAAUCAAGCUGGAUUCAGGAGUGGUGAAGAGACUCUGUACCCUUGAAGGAAAGCAGGUGACAUGUUUGCAAGAUUUCUUUGGGGAUGAUGAUGUUUUCAUUGCCUGUGGACCAGAGAAAUAUCGGUAUGCUCAGGAUGACUUUGUGCUGGAUCACACUGAGUGUAGAGUUCUGAAAAGUCCUUACUCCAGAACAGGCAGCACUGGACCUGGGGCAAGGAAUCCUGGAUCCAGAAGCCCUGGACUGUCUCGCCGUAGCAAAUCUCCUGUUUCAGUACGGCGGAGUGGCCAUUACUAUUAUUCACCAGCCAAAUCUCCAGUAAAUGGGACUCCUAGCAGCCAGUUGUCAACACCAAAAUCUACCAAGUCCUCAAGCUCUUCACCAACAAGUCCAGGAAGUCUCCGAAGUCUCAAGAUUCCUCGACACCAUGGAUCAUCAAUUAAUGUGAAUGGCUUGACAGAACAGUUCAACUGCCUGAGCCCAGAAGGUAUAAACGGAAAUAAGUCAUUUGCUGCUGCUACCAUCCUUGAGAAGUACAAAAUUGGAAAAGUGAUUGGGGAUGGCAACUUUGCUGUAGUCAAAGAGUGCUCAGAGAGGUCUACAGGCAAGGAAUUUGCACUGAAAAUAAUAGACAAGGGAAAAUGCAGUGGAAAGGAACAUCUUAUAGAGAAUGAAGUUGCAAUCCUACGCAGAGUUAAACAUCCCAACAUUAUCAUGUUAAUAGAAGAAGUUGACACACCUACUGAGCUCUAUUUGGUAAUGGAGUUAGUUAAGGGAGGAGACCUUUUUGACGCUAUUACCUCAUCCACAAAGUACACUGAACGGGAUGCUAGUGCAAUGGUAUAUAACCUGGCCAGUGCACUUAAAUAUCUUCACAGUCUCAACAUUGUCCACAGGGACAUCAAACCAGAGAAUUUACUGGUUUGUGAGUACUCUGAUGGAACAAAGUCCUUAAAACUGGGUGAUUUUGGGUUGGCCACUGUCGUAGAAGGACCACUGUACACUGUGUGCGGCACUCCAACAUAUGUUGCUCCAGAGAUAAUCGCAGAGACAGGGUAUGGAUUAAAAGUGGACAUUUGGGCAGCAGGUGUCAUUACUUAUAUUUUGUUAUGCGGUUUUCCUCCCUUCCGAAGUGAGAACAAUUUUCAGGAAGACUUGUUUGAUCAGAUUCUUGUUGGACGUCUGGAAUUUCCGGCCCCAUACUGGGACAACAUUACAGAUUCAGCAAAAGAACUAAUUGGUCAUAUGCUACAUGUGAAUGUUGAAGCUCGCUACACGGCGGAGCAAGUUCUGACUCAUCCCUGGGUGGCUGAUGAUGCUGCCCAAGAAAACAACAUGCACGAAGAAGUAACAGGUAAAAUCAAGACGCACUUUAACUCUGCACCAAAACAGAACAAUGCCAACGCUGGAAUUUCUGUCAUUAUGGUGAGUUAA